CUCUCUCUCUCUCUCUCUCCCUCUCUCUCUCUCUCUCCUCUCUCUCCUGAUUUAGCCUGAGACGGAGAGGACCACGCAGGCGCCACUCUCUCCCCUCUCUCCUCUGCCUCACACCGGGAUACUGUUUCCCCUUUUACCGCACAUUUGGUACCGAUUGAACUUUGUGGAUUUCUGGUGGAACUAACGAAGUAUGAGCAGCAGCGUAAAUCGAGCGUGACUUCAGGACAGGAGAAAGUGCCCCCUCGCUCGGUGCCAACAGGGCAGCGCUUGGUUUUACUCAUCAGAGGCACCGGAGGAAAAAAGGAUCGGUUCUUCUUUAUGUGGACGCGGACAUAACACCACACAGCGAAGAUGGACCUGAAGCUGCUGUUGAUAUCCACAUUAUUAGGAGUCUUUUGUUAUAGCAGUGCACAAAAAGAGGGGAACGAGUGCAUCAGCGCCAACGCCAAGUUCUGCGGGGAGUGCAUCCAGGCCGGGGCCAAGUGUGGCUGGUGUAAAGACCCUAAAUUCCUGAAACAAGGUGAAACUGUGUCAACGCGCUGUGACGAAAUCCAAUCGCUCAAAAACAAAGGAUGCACAGAGGACAUGAUCGAGAACCCACGAGGAGACCAGAACAUCCUCAAGAACAAGGCCGUGACCAACCGAGGCAAGGGUCCGGACAAGAAGAAACUCGAGCCUGAAGACAUCACGCAGAUCCAGCCGCAGAAGAUCAACCUCCUCCUGCGCUCUGGUGAGCCCCAGUCGUUUACAUUGAAGUUCAAGCGUGCCGAGGAUUACCCCAUUGACCUGUACUACCUCAUGGACCUGUCCUACUCCAUGAAGGACGAUCUGGAGAACGUCAAGAACCUGGGCACCAGCCUGAUGCUGGAGAUGUCAAAGAUCACGUCAGACUUCAGGAUAGGUUUUGGUUCGUUUGUGGAGAAAACCGUCAUGCCUUACAUCAGCACCACCCCGGCUAAACUGCUAAACCCGUGCACGGGCGACCAAAACUGCACCAGCCCCUUCAGCUACAAGAACGUGCUGAAGCUGACUAGCGACGGCAAGAAGUUCAACACAUUGGUGGGCCAGCAGCACAUCUCGGGGAACUUGGACUCUCCGGAGGGGGGCUUUGACGCCAUCAUGCAAGUGGCCGUGUGUGGGGACCUGAUUGGCUGGAGGAACGUGACCCGCCUCCUGGUCUUCUCCACAGACGCUGGCUUCCAUUUUGCUGGAGAUGGAAAACUGGGAGGCAUCGUCCUCCCCAACGACGGGAAAUGUCACCUGGAGAACAAUGUCUACACCAUGAGCCACUACUAUGACUACCCCUCCAUCGCUCAUCUGGUGCAGAAGCUGAGCGACAACAACAUCCAGACCAUCUUCGCCGUCACAGAGGAGUUCCAGCCCGUGUACCAGGAGCUGAAAAAUUUAAUCCCAAAGUCUGCAGUGGGAACCCUCUCGGCCAACUCAAGCAACGUUAUCAACCUCAUCAUCGACGCCUACAACUCUCUCUCCUCUGAGGUGAUCCUGGAGAACAGUAAACUUCCAGAGGGAGUGACCAUCGGGUACACGGCUCGCUGCAAGAACGGAGUGGUCAACGAGGGCGAGAACGGACGCAAGUGUUCCAACAUCUCCAUAGGGGACGAGGUGACGUUCAACAUCAGCAUCACGUCUAAGGGUUGUCCCAAAAAGGACAAAUCUGAAACCAUAAAGAUCAAACCUCUGGGCUUCACUGAGGAGGUGGAGAUCGUCCUCAACUUCAUCUGUGAGUGCGACUGCCACAAAGAGGGCAUCAAGAACAGCCCCCUGUGUCACCACGGCAACGGCACUUACGAGUGUGGAGCCUGCAAGUGUAACGACGGCCGGGUGGGCCGGCAGUGUGAGUGCAGCAGUAACGACGUGGCCACAGAGGACAUGGACCGCACCUGCCGCAAAGACAACGGCACCGACAUCUGCUCCAACAACGGAGACUGUGUGUGCGGCACCUGCGAGUGUAAGAAGAGAGAGAACCCGGAGGAGCGCUACAGUGGCCAGUACUGCCAAUGUGACAACUUCAACUGUGACCGCUCAGGAAACAAGCUCUGUGGAGGACACGGGCGUUGUGAGUGUCGUGUGUGCAUAUGUGACCACCCCUGGACGGGCAGUGCGUGCGACUGUUCUCUGGACAACAGCACAUGUAUGGCCAGUAACAAACAGAUCUGUAACGGCCGCGGCACCUGCGAGUGUGGAACCUGCAAAUGUACUGACCCCAAGUUCCAGGGCCCCACGUGUGAGACCUGCCCCACCUGCCCCGGGGUCUGCACCGAGCACAAGGAGUGUGUGCAGUGCCGUACGUUUGGCACAGGAGAGAAGAAGGACACGUGUGAGAAAGACUGCAUGUACUUCAACCUGAUCAAAGUGAAGGCCCGAGACAAACUGCCCCAGCCCAACGACGCCACCUACCCCGUCAUGCACUGUAAGGAGCGCGACGCCAACGACUGCUGGUUCUACUACACCUACGCCGUCAACAACAACACCGAGAAGGAGGUGCACGUCGUCGACACGCUCGACUGCCCGGCGGGUCCUGACAUCAUCCCCAUCGUUCUGGGCGUGGUAGCGGGCAUCGUGCUCAUCGGCCUGGCCCUGCUCCUCAUCUGGAAGCUCCUCAUGAUCAUCCACGACCGCAGAGAGUUCGCCAAGUUUGAGAAGGAGAAGAUGAACGCCAAGUGGGACACGGGUGAAAAUCCCAUCUACAAAAGUGCCGUGACAACCGUCGUCAACCCCAAAUACGAAGGAAAGUGAAGGCAUUUCAUACGGACUUUUUCACCUCCACAAAACUUCAGAUGGAACAUUAAAAAAAAAAAAAACAGGCCGAAUCCAUCGACUUUUUACUUUUUUAAAAUUUGUGUUGCUUUUCAUAUAGCAUCAAUUCACCGCGUCUAUUUCUACUAACACCAUUGAGUUAUGCAUUUGUCCGAUUUGCUCUGUACAAUGCGUUCUGUGUAUAUACUUUGAAGCUGAAGACUAUGAGCUGAAGGUGCUUUCUCCUGCCGCAGGACUGGUAUGGGCAGAUGUUAUGAUCCUGAUUUUACAUUGUGCACACGUUGGAUGUAUGAAUAUAUAUAUUUGUGGAUUAUGGUUUUUCACGACUGUUGUGUCUAUGUUGUCGAUCACUUCUUUUUUUUUUCUCUGUGCACUGACAUUCUGUGUGUUAUAAGCCGGGCCUGAGUUGAAACCAUAGACUGUAUACAUCCCAAGUAGUCUCGUUCCAAAGUAGGAAGUGAGUAUGGGCGCGUUUCCGGCUCCAAUCCACUGACUAUUGAAAAAACAUCACCCCUCUCUCUGUAAAUGCUGCAGUGAGACUCGUCAUUUUGGUCUUAAAAUCUUCGUAUUAUCCUACGGUGAUCAGAUUUCCAAAAUAAAAAACUGGGACAUCCCCAUUCUUUUGGUGGUUGGCAAUAAUAAAACUGUGAAAAUAGUGCGUAAUUAAGGAAAAUUGUUAUGGAGAGACUCUCAUGAUGAAUAUGAGUCAGUAUAGUCACAUUUUCUUUGUGUUUUGGUCAAUUUGAAGCAGCUUUUCUGUAUUUUACCUAAACAAAUUACAUUUUACGCCUCUCUUUACUGUUGGCAGAUUCAAAUUGGUCAAAAAUAGGGACAUCUGGGACAUUUUUUGUGUAAAACUGGGACAAAUUAGUGGUUUUGGAUAAAUCUGCAGGGAUAGGGGACAGAGGCUCAAAACUGGGACUGUCUCGGGUAAAUAAGGACAUCUGGUCACUCGCUCCACAUGAUUCUUUUAAUUUUGUUGUUUUGACCGUUAAUCAGGGGUGUCCAGACUUUUUUCAUCAAGGGUCACAUAUCUAAACACAGACAAAGCAGAGGGCCAAUCGAAGGCUGUAGACUGGUGCUCAAUGCAGUGAAUAACUGAAAUAUGUGCACGAUUAACACGUCAGAAUGAGCCAUCAGUCUUUAUUCAUGCUAAGAUCCUUAAAACCACACACUAGAUAUUAAAUAAUAGCUUUAUCAAUGUAGAUUUUCAAAAAAAAAAUUGCAAUAAGAAGUACAUUUUUAAUUAAUGCAAGGUAAUUUGGACCAAUUCACGUGGAAGCCUGAGGGUCAAGAAAAAUUUGUCGGGGGGCCAUAGUUUGGACAUGCCUGCUGUAAAUCAAGAUAUGAAUAUUAAUAACGAGCCAGGUGCCUUCUUUUGUGGCGGUCGCUUCAAAAUGAUUGAUUGACAGCGUUGCUAAGUGUCUACCCCCUUCUAAACAAACAGUGCAACACCUUUGCUCUGAAUUUGCUUUGAUUGCUAUGAUACUCACAGUCUGACUAUGGAAUUUGGCUCCAACUUUGGGUCUAUAAUUGCGAGCCUCGAUGAGCUUCAUUUGACUGGAGCUGAAAGCUAUUGGUGACGUCACACUCGCUUAGUUCUCAUCUGUGUACAGUCUAUGGUUGAAACAGAAGCUGUAGUAGAAGUAGUAGGCUAAGGAAGUAUAGGCUAAUAGAUGGAUUCUGAAGGUAAAAUGAACUGACUUAAUUCAUAAAUUUGCUACAUAGGCUAAUAACAUACAAAACAUUUCAAUACAAUUCGCAAAAUUGAUCAGAUUAAUUAUGUUGCAAUUUCAUUGAACUGCUACUUUACUUUGUUAAAGGUCCACUGUGUAACUUUGCCAGUGAGGGUCUGCUAUGGAGGUGUUAUUGCUUUACCUGGAAUGUUCCACCAUAUGGCAUUAAACAUAUCUAUAUUGCAUUUACUCCAUUACAGGUGUAUUCAUUGCUACAAAAACACCUUGAAAAACAUGUGUUCUUACUGUGAGCGGGCUCGCCUGUCCACAGAUUUGACUUGUCACUUGGCUUGGUAGUGUCAUCUUCUUGUCUUCAUGGAGAUACUGCAUAUUCAAAGACAUACUGUGGAACAUUCUAAACAAAGCAAUAACAUCUCCAUGGAGACCAGCACAUGGUGGACCAUCCAUCAGAAAUGUUACAUAGGGCAUCUUUAACAAUGUACUUUUCUUUCUGAAAACAGAAACAAAAAAAAUGAAAAAUGUUACACAGACAAAUGACAAACUAUGUGCCGUACAUAGAUAUAGAACUUUAUAAUUUUUUAAUAGUUCUGUAUCUCCGUGUGAGCGCACUGUUGCCUCUGUUAAGAGCAUUAGCUUUGGGCUAAAUAUGUAGCUAAUUUAUUCAGAUACAAUUAGGCUAAUACAGGUUAGCUAUAUGGUGUAUGUAAUGAUUUCAUGCUAUGCUGGAUAAAAUGACGUUUUUAAGGCCUACUUUAUAAAAAUGCUAAUACUAAUGCAUUAAUGUAACGUAAACUGGUGUAAUUAUUAGCUAUAACAUACUUCCUUUCGGAUAAUAAUUGUGUUUGGAGAGUUAGCAGUAGGCUAGGCUAACAGUCAAUGACUCAGCAGCCAUGUUUGAAAAAGUAAUUGCGCUAACUAACUUAUUUUAUAUUUGAUCAAACGUCAAUUCAUCACUCAGCGCUACUUUCUGUUUUCUUUUUUCUUUUUUUUUUUACGUAAAUUUGAACAAAAAGUAUUUAAAAUUGUACUUAAAGAUGUACAUUUUGAAGGAAUUAGCCAGCAUGAAUGUUUACAGUUUGUUGUAUUGAAUAGCUCGUACAAAGGGACUGUAAACCACUUGGAUGUUGAACAAUGGAGAUGUAAAAUACUACACCCGCGCUUGUUUUUGAAGUAUUAUUGUAUUUGUAACGUGCAGUAACUCUAUGCUUCGUUCUCAGGUCCUCUCCCUGUGUUUUUUUUUUUUUUUUUUCGCCACACCAAAAAUGUUUGUCAGUGAGAGUAUGUGAUUGUGAAGUGUUUUAGGGCUUUGAAGAAACAUGCAUCACCUCAGACAUGUUCCACCACAAUGCCUUUCUUUAAACACAGCCAAGCCUUCACCCACUUCUUUUCAAAGUGCCUUUUCUUUCACCAACAUGCUCUCUCCCAAUGCUGUCAAUGGUUAUUUAUUAAAGAAACUACCAAAA